AUGCAGCGGAGGAGGCCCACGGACGACCUCCACUGCAGCCUGGUGGGACAGGACGGCCGAGGCGCUCGCUACGGCACUCUGGGCGAGGAGGCCAUCGAAAUACCCCAGCCCAGGCACACGGCCCCAGACCAGAGGAGCAUGGCCAACGUCUUCAGCGAUGGCUGCACACGCAUAGACUUUGUGCUGGUAUGGGAAACCAUCCCCCGGGAGCUGAGCAGGGAGCAGGACACCUGUGAGAACAGGGACUUGCAGGAGAGAUCUGCAGCCAUCCACAGGACCCAGCGGAAGAAAUUUCUAGACAAGCUUCAUGCUGCUGGGAUACGCAUGGAAAAGCACAUGACCCAUAUGGAGAAGAAGGUGGUGCACUACUUGCUGCUGAGUGCACCCUGGAGCCUGCUCUGCUACUACGCUGAGGAGCUGCAGCUCCGCAUGCCACUGCAGGCAUUACCCAGGCAGACCUCCAUCUGGUCUGCCGGCAUGCUGCAGCAGCUGGGCAUCCCCAACCUGCUGGCCCAGGAGGUUCCUAACCUGCCACCGGACCACUAUACCUGCCCCUUCAAGGCCAACAAACUGCACUGGUUCCUGGGAAGUGAUGAUCAGGACACCUUCUUCUCCAUCACUCAGCGUCACCAAAUUCUCUACGAGAUCCUGGCCACGACGCAGUACGGACCCUGCAGGGAGCGCGAGGUGGGGCUGGACCAGCUGCUGAGCCAGAACGUCUUCACCGCUGCCUUCCCCCUGCACGAGGGUCCCUACCGGCUCCACACCGAGCAGACGGGAGCUGGCAGCCAGCGCCAAGUCCUCUUCCAGUACUGGGCCCGCUGGAGGAACUGGAACAAGUAUCAGCCUCUGGAGCACGUUCGCAAGUACUUCGGGGAGAAGGUGGCAUUCUACUUCGCCUGGCUGGGCUUCUACACGGGGUGGCUCUUGCCUGCUGCGGUGGUGGGAACGGUGGUGUUUGUCACAGGCAUUUUCCUGAUGUUCAGUGACGUACCAGCGCAGGAGAUCUGCACAAGCAAAGACCAGUACUGGAUGUGCCCGCUCUGCAAGACCUGUCCCUACUGGGAGCUCUCCAAAAUCUGCAGCACAUUCAUGGCAGGACGGCUCUUCGACCACGGUGGGACCAUCUUCUUCAGCUUCUUCAUGUCCCUGUGGGCAGUGCUGUUCCUGGAGUUCUGGAAGAGGACCAAUGCCUCUCUGGCUCACCGCUGGGACUGCUCCGAGUUUGAGGACAUUGAGGAGCGGCCACGGCCCCAAUUCGCGGCCAUGGCUCCCAUGACCACGGUAAACCCUGUAACGGGGGUGGAGGAGCCUUAUUUCCCUGAGCGCAGUCGCCUCCAGCGUGUUUUGGCUGCUUCGAUGGUCAUUAUACUCAUGAUUGCCAUGGUGGUGAUGUUUGUGGUCUCCAUGAUCCUCUACCGGGCCAUGGUCUCCAUCCUCCUCUCCAGCUCGAGGCACCCAUGGUCUGUGGCUUCGGCAUCCCGUAUCGCCAGCAUCACGGGCUCGGUGGUCAACCUCAUCCUCAUUGUAGUCAUCUCCAAGAUCUAUAUUUCCCUGGCUCACUUCCUCACUAAGUGGGAGAUGCAUCGCACCCAGACCAAAUAUGAGGAUGCCUGCACCUUCAAAGUGUUCGUCUUCCAGUUUGUCACCUUCUACUCCUCUCCUGUUUACAUUGCCUUCUUCAAGGGCAAGUUUGUUGGCUACCCUGGGAACUACCUGAGCUUCCUGGGGGUCCGUAAUGAGGAGUGCAGCCCAAGCGGGUGCUUCAUGGAGCUGGCACAGGAGCUGCUGGUCAUCAUGGUGGGGAAGCAGAUCAUCAACAACAUGCAGGAGGCAGCUAUCCCGAAGCUGAAGUACUGGUGGCACAAGCACAAGCUGCUCUCAGCCAAGAAGGCAGAUGAGGAGGGGGAGUCAGUCCUGAUGGAGCAGGCGCCCUGGGUGAUGGAUCACCAGCUGCUGGCCUUUCAAGGGCUGUUUGACGAGUACCUGGAGAUGGUCCUGCAGUUUGGCUUCAUCACCAUCUUCGUGGCAGCCUGUCCCCUGGCACCCCUCUUUGCCCUGCUCAACAACUGGGUGGAGAUCCGCCUGGACGCACAGAAGUUCACCUGUGACUACCAGCGGCCCGUGGCCGAGCGGGCGCAGGGCAUCGGCAUCUGGUUCUCCAUCCUGGAGGCCAUCGCUCACCUGGCCGUCAUCAGCAACGCCUUCCUCAUCGCCUUCACCUCGGACUUCCUGCCCCGCGUGUACUACGGGUACGCCCGGGACAGCAGCCUGCGCGGCUACGUGAACUUCACCUUGGCGUACGCGCCGCGGGACUUUGCCCUGCAGGGCAACACCACGUGCAGGUACAGAGCAUUCAGGGCCCAGGACGGCAGCCUGACCCCGACAUACUGGCAGCUCUGCAGCCAACCUGCUCCUCCCGCUCACUUCCAGCAUGUGGUUUUCUUCGUCGGACGUGUGAUUGCGUGGCUGGUGCCUGAUAUCCCUGAGGCUGUGGAGGUGAAGGUGAAGCGUGAACGGUACCUGGCCAAGGAGGCCCUGGCUGAGAACAAGGUCCUUCUGGAGAGACGGGAGACAAGAAGCAAGGCGAGUGGCACGGACCCUGCUGCAGGCAGGGACUGGGAAACUGAGCAGCUCGCCAGCAGCUGA